AGAAGAAGAAGAAGAAGAAGAAGAAGAAGAAGAAGAAGAAAGUUUAUGGACAGAAAACAACUGUCUGUCUCUCAACUGUGAGUCCUGGAGGACACAGGAUGUCCUCUGGGUGUGUCGCUGCUCGUCGCUGGACCUGUGGCUCCCCGGCAGGAACACAGAGCUCUGACAGAACCAGAACCAGAACCAGAUCCGGGAGUGGAUUUAAUGUGGACCAGUGAAUCCAGAUUAAGGAGUGGAUUCAGACUGAAGUGGACUGAUCUGGAUUCAGGAUGUCCUCAGACCUGGUUGUGGGUCUGGUCUUCAGGAUUCUGCUGCCGCUCACUCUGACUGCAGCGUGUGUGUUGCGGUACAAUGGAUUCUCUCUGGUCUACGUCAUCCUGCUGCUGCUGCUGCCACUGCUGCCUGACCCGGCCUCCUCCACAGGUAACACGAGUCGCUGUGUGAUGGCCGUGAGUGUGUCCAGCUUCCUCUUCCUGUUACUGCAGUCGUUCUUCCAGCUGACGACAGCGACGCUGCAGCCCGAUUACAACUGUACAUCAUGGCAAAAAGCUCUCAGUCAGCUUGGCCUGGUGAGUCUGACAGGAAGUGAUGCAGGCUCUGCAGUGAGACAGGUGUUUCCAGAUGUUGGCGUGUUGUUCAUCAGUCUGUUGACCUGGAGGCUGAUUGUGAGACUGAACGCCGACAUACACACACAGUCUCAGCAGGAGGAAGAGGAGGAGCGUCAGGAGGAAGAGCUAAUGUUUGAGGAGGACUCUGUGCUGGGAGGGGGGGGGGUAGCAGAAGAGGAUGAAGAACAGGAUGAUGAAGAGGAUGAAGAAGAGGAGGACGGCAGCAGAAACAGGAUUCUGGUUGAACUCGAAUCACUGGUUUGUAAAAGCAGACAGAUGAUUGGACACAUGACAACGACGGGAGGGAAAAUUCUGCUGACGGCUCUGCUGGGUCUCACAGGUAUCAUAUGCCCCUCCCUCUCCUCCCUCCCUUACCUGCUCUGUUUCCAGUUGUUGUGCACCUGGUGGGCGUGGUCGGGUCAGGUCCCACCCCUCCUCUUCAGGUGUGUGUCUGUGAUGUCACUGGUCUACUGCUCCUCCCACUUCCUGCUCCUCUACUGCUACCAGCUGCCGUCCCUACAGGAGGCGUGGCCUCCCAACCACACCUCCACCAGUGUGUUUGGCCUGGUGUCUCUGGUGUCGGUGGACUGCAGCGCCCCCUGGAGGCUGCACAUGAAUGCUGAGCUCAGCUGGUUUCACUUCCUCAGUCCUCUGACGCUUCUGCUGCUCUUUCACACGGUGGCGGCGCUGUGGAGGAACCAGCUGAUCGUUGGUGACGAGAGGCGAGGCGUGAAGAGGGUGGUGUCAGCAGUCAGCGGGAGCAGUGACAUCAUCACCGCCACCAGUAACCUGAGUGAUGAGGUCAUCGCUGACAUCACAGCAGAGAGGCGGAGAGAGCUGUGGAGAGCUCACGAUCGACCUGAGUGCACAGACGUGCUGUCGUCGUCGACCAAUGACAGCCCCUCUGACUCUUUUACCCCGCACACACAGAGUACUGCCCUGGGAUUGGAUGUUUACUCUGUGCCUCAAUACUCUCUCAGCCAAUCAGACACCUUGGAAACGUGUGUUUUUGAAGGUGACGGAUGGGAGGAGGAGGGGGAGGUAAGGAGCGAGGUGGGCGGAGUCAGUGCAGCCUCCAUGGCGUUCAGCUUCCUCCUCAAACAGAGUUACAUCUGUGCUCUGAUCUCCAUGAUGGCGUGGUCCAUCACAUACGUGUCCUGGCUAACGUGUGUCCUGCUGCUGUGGUCAUGUGUCCUCUGGAUGAUGCGAGAGCGUCGCCGGUACACACUGAUGUCAUCACCAUGGUUGGUUGCCUAUGGCAACUUGCUGGUCAUCUUACAGUACAUCUACAGCUUCCCUCCGAUCCAGGAAGUCCCCGGACUGUUCCCCAGAAAAGACGUCCCCUGCAGGGAGCUCGCCUCUAAGUUGUUGUGUCUUCUGACCUUCUGGCUGCUGCUGCGUCAGGCGCUGACUGAGAAGAGCGAGAGACAGGAGGACACAAAGCUGUCUACCAUCACUGUCCAUGUGGAGGAGCCUGACCUGAAGAAGGGGGAGGUGUCAUGCGAGGAGGUGUUGCUCCUGGGGGGAGCCGUUCAGAUGGAAGCUCUGGUUGCCGUGGUAACCAGGAUGUUUGUUAAAUACUGGAUCUACGUCUGCGGAACGAUGUUCUUCUUCGUUAGUUUUGAAGGAAAAAUCGUUCUCUAUAAAGUCAUCUACAUGGUGAUGUUCCUGUGCUGCGUCGCCCUGUACCAGUUGAAUUAUGAGCGCUGGCGUGCCUUGCUCAGGGGAUUCUGGGUAGCUGUGGUGGUCUACUCCAUGCUGGUUCUGAUCCUGGUCUACACCUUUCAAUUUCCCUCAUCCCCCCACACCUGGAGUUAUUACACUGGACUCAGUACACACAGGUUGGAGGAUGUUGGUUUGGAGAAGUUCUCACUUCCGGUUCUUUUCACCAGGAUCUUCAUUCCUGCUGCGUUCUUACUGGUGUGUAUAGUUCACCUGCAUUACUUCCAUGAGCCGUUCCUGCAGCUGACCGACCUGAAGACUGUGGUGGACACACACAACAGCAUCAUCACCAGGUUGGUUCACUCUGAUGGCAGCCUGGUCGACCUGUCAGUGGGCGGAGCUCCUCAGCUCCUCCUGGAGGAAGAGAAGAGAAAAGGAGAGAGGGAGAGAGAGAGAGAGAUAGAGGGAGAAGAUAAGGGGAUAAAGGAGGAAGAGGAGGAAGAGGAACAUUACCCCUGUGUGUUUGAAAAGGAAACCCUUUCUGACCACAUAACAGGUAAACUCGACAUCGUCACACCUGAGACAGAGGAGUUGAGUUUGCAACAGGAAGUAGACUCUGAUAUCUCCUCCUCAGCGCUGGUCUCCUGGAGGUUGGUGGUGGAUCGAAUCUCUGUGUUGUUCCUGCGCCUCCUCCUCUCCAUGCAGCGACUGCAGCGCCUCAUCUGGUGGCUCCUGGAAUUACACAUUGUCAAGAUUGUUUCCUCCUACAUCAUCUGGGUCUCUGUGAAAGAGGUGUGUGUCUUUAACAUGCUGUUUGUGCUAUGUGUGGGCGUGGCUCUGCCCUGCAGGGCGUGGCGCCCCCUACUGUCAGGAGUCUGUACAGUUUGGACCUGUGUGGUGACUGUUUGUAAGAUGUUAUACCAACUCAACGUCGUUCAGCCAAUCAGAUACUCGUCCAACUGCACCAUGCCAGAUAACUCCAGCACCAUCCUGUCUCAAUCUGCUCUGUACUCUGGUCCAGUUGACCCCGCCCAGUGGGUCGGGCUUCGCAAAACAGACGGAAAACUGCUCGACUACCUGAGGUAUAACCUGAUGAUGUUAGGACUGUUAGCAUUCGAGGUGACUGUUUACCGACACCAGCAACUCUACCGUCUCCGUCACAAGAAAGUCCCGCCCCCUACCAGAACGCUGUUUCCUGACAUCACCAGGCGUCAGCUGGACGACAAUGUUCUGAGUUGCCUUAAAUAUUUCCUCAACUAUUUCUUCUACAAGUUUGGACUGGAGACCUGCUUCCUGUUGGCUGUAAAUGUGAUUGGUCAGCGGAUGGAUCUGUUUGCCGUAGCCCAUGCCUUUGGCCUCAUCACUGUCCUAUCACGUCGCAGCAGGAAGUGCAUUGCCUCAGUGUGGCCAAAAUACUGCUACUUCCUGUCUGGGUUGUUGUGUUUCCAGUACCUUCUGUGUAUCGGUUUCCCUCCUGCUGCCUGUGCAGAUUAUCCUUGGAGACCUCCGGCCUCCAACAUGGACUCUAACGUGGUGAAAUGGCUCUUCCUUCCUGAUCACCUGACACCACCCAACCCACUCUUCCUCCUCUAUGAUUUCUUGCUCCUCCUUGGGGCGUCGCUGCAGUUGCAGGUGUUUGAGGAGGAGCUUCAGUCGACGGUUCAGAUCCUCGCAGGCGACAACAGUGAGCUGGACGGAGACGACGGACAGAUCUGUGAUGUCCUCAGACGACUCCGGCUCAACGCGGUUCCUGAUUUCACGCUGGGCAGGUCUUACCUGGACAUGAUGAAGGUCAUCAUCUUCAGCUACAUGUUCUGGUUUGUUCUCACCAUCAUUUUCGUCACUGGGACAACGAGGAUCAGUAUCUUCUGUAUGGGUUACCUGGUCGCCUGCUUCUACUUCCUGUUGGUCGGAGGAGAACUGUUACUAAAACCAGUUAAAUCCAUCCUGGUUUACUGGGACUGUCUGAUCGGCUACAACGUGUUUGUCAUCACCAUGAAAAAUAUUCUGUCGAUCCUGGCGUGUGGUUUCAUCAAGUCGUUGGUGUUGAAUCACUGUUGGCUGAUUCAGCUCUUCAGUCUGGCGUGCACCAUCAAAGGAUACACCAAACCGGAGCAGCAGAGCAGUAAACAGUGUGAGUUACCGAGCGACGAGGCGGGUAUCAUCUGGGACGGAGUCUGUUUCUGUUUCCUGUUGUUGCAAAGACGAGUCUUCAGGAGUCACUACUUCCUGUAUGUGGUCUUGGACCUGCAGAACACACAACUACUGGCCUCCAGGGGGGCGGAGCUCUUCGAGGCAUCAACAGUGAAAGCUGUCAGAGCGAGACUGGAAGUGGAGAAGACGUCUAUGGACCUGCUGAAGAGACAGAUGGAAAGGAUCAAGUCUCGACAGCAGAAGUUUCGCAGAGGAAAAGAGAAAAUGUUGAGUUUAACUCAGGACAGCUGCCACACCGACGGUCAAGAAAACAAGAAGGGUCAGAAGCAGAAGGACUGGUGGAGGCCCUGGGUAAACCACGCCUCAAUGGUGAGGAGUGGGGACUACUACCUGUUUGAGACAGACAGUGAGGAAGAGGAGGAUGAAGAAAAGAAGGUGGAAGAGAAGAAGGAGGCGGAGCCUGAGAAGUCAGCCUUCCAGUUUGUUUACCACGCCUGGAUAACAGAUUCCAGAACAGCAAUGAGAGCUCGAAACAACCAGAAGAAACUGUGGGAGAAGAAUUCCUCUGAACGAAGGAGCAGGAAGGAGGAGAAGAAAGGAGCAGCUGGAGUCAUAGAAGUGACGGAGGAGACGGAGGAUGGUGAAGAGGAAGAGGAGAAAGAGGAGGGUUCAGACACAGUGUUGCAUCGGCUCUCCAACACACUGCGGUUCUGUUGGGUUCUGCUGUCGGCUCUGCUGGACUCUCUGACUGCCUGGCUCAGCGGUUUGUGUCAGGAACACGUUGACAUCUCCACCGUCCUCCGCAUCGAGCACUGCAUGCUAACACAACAGGCCAAACAGGGUAACUUGCCCACUAGAGAGGCAAUCACCGUUUACUACGAAGAGCAGAUGAUGAAAACAUCAAGAGAGUCGGGUCUGGACUACAGUUCCCAUGAUGCAACAGUGAGAGGAAGAGAGGGGGGAGGAGAUGAAGAGGGAGGACGUCCUGAUACAGAUGAAGAAGAAGCUGGAGGUCAAACAACCAAAGAGAAAGAAGAGAAACCCAAAACAGACUCAGACGAUGAGGACGAUCCAAAUUCUGAACAAGAACCAGGACUAGGAUCAAUCGGUUCAGACCCGCAUCCUGAAACUGGAUCCGAAGACGACCCAGGUGGACUACAGACCACAGUAAGUCCACCUGAAACAGAACCAGAAGCAGAUGGUCAUAAUGAACCAGGAGAAGGGCCAGCAACAGUCCCAGCAGAAGAUGUCCCAGAAGGCAUAGUGGCUAAAACCAGCCAAAGAUCACGACCCAAACUGUCCAGGAUGGAGAGGGUCCAGUCUCUGUCGUCUUUAUCGUCAGAGGAAGAAAAGAUCAGCCGCACACACAGCUGUGAAGAUUGGAACCAGCCACUUCCUGUUGACACACGGCCAACGCAGACCUUCACUAGCACCUCCUCCCUCCUCCUCCCCCCCUCCUACAGCCUCGCAAUCGGGCUCGACCUCCAUGAGGAGGAAGUGAGGGAGACGAGGGAGGAUGGACCGAGGAGGAGGAGAGGGGAGGCGGAGUCAGGAUUUAGGAAGUGGCUGCUGACUCCCAGGGAAACCAACGACUUUCUGUUUGACUCGGCCUCCACUUCCUGUCCGCUGACGUCUCGUACUCAGGAGCUGACAGCGAGCGAGCUGCUGAGGAACAGGACUUUCUAUGAUGAUGAGCUGGAGGCAUCAGACCGUUUCUAUGGAAACCAGCCUCAGCUGCUCCAGCUGUGCUACGCCCUCUACAACAUCCUGGCAGCCAGGUCGGAGACUGUGUGUUACCUGGUCAUCGUUCUGAACCACAUGGUGUCCGCCAGCUGUCUGACAUUAGUACUUCCGGUUCUGGUGUUUCUCUGGGCGAUGCUGUCCGUCCCUCGACCCAGUAAGACCUUCUGGAUGACGGCCAUCAUCUACACUGAGGUUACCAUCGUCAUCAAGUAUUUCUUCCAGUUCGGUUUCUUCCCAUUUAACCAGAAGCUGGAGGUGGACCGAUCCAAACCGUUUCACCCCCCAAACAUCCUCGGAGUGGAGAAGAAGGAAGGCUACGUCCUGUACGACCUGCUGCAGCUGCUCACGUUAUUCUACCACAGAGCCACACUCAAGUGCCACGGACUCUGGGAUCAGACCAUUAGCAUGGAAGCCGACACCCUCCGUCACCACAACCACCAGACUGACUCUGCUGACUGUGCCUCCUCCAGUGACGGGGUUGACCUCGCCAACACACUCCGACGGCGAGGCAGGAGACGAACGCGCUCCAGCUCCACCCAGUUGCGCUCUCCUGCAGGCAGUGUGAGUUCCAGACCUCAGCAGUUCAGCAGGUUUGAUCUGCUGCUGCAGAAACUCAGAGAAGUUUCCAUCAGAGUCAAGGAGUUCUCUGUUAGCAGGUGUAUGUCAGUUUACCGUCCGGCCUGUCAGUUCUUCAGAGCUCUCGUCCAACCAGAGUACAGCGCCGUCACCGACGUUUAUGUCCUCAUGUUCCUCGCAGACACCGUCGACUUCAUCAUCAUCGUCUUUGGCUUCUGGGCUUUUGGAAAACACUCGGCGGCUGCUGACAUCACUUCCUCCCUCUCAGAAGAUCAGGUUCCUGAAGCGUUCUUGGUGAUGGUGUUGAUCCAGUUUGGGACCAUGGUGAUAGACAGGGCUCUGUAUUUGAGGAAGACAGUUUUGGGGAAGUUAGUGUUUCAGGUGAUUCUGGUUUUUGGGAUCCACUUCUGGAUGUUCUUCAUCCUGCCGACUGUCACCGAGAGACGUUUCAAUCAGAACCUGGUGGCUCAGCUCUGGUACUUUGUGAAGUGCGUGUACUUUGGUCUGUCGGCCUAUCAGAUUCGAUCUGGUUACCCAACACGAGUUCUGGGAAACUUCCUGACAAAGAGUCACAACUACCUCAACCUGUUCCUGUUCCAGGGGUUCCGUCUGGUUCCCUUCCUGACAGAGUUGAGGGCGGUGAUGGACUGGGUCUGGACGGACACCACUUUGUCUCUGUCCUCAUGGAUCUGUGUGGAGGAUGUUUACGCCCACUGCUUCGUCUUAAAGUGCUGGAGGGAGUCAGAGAAGAGGUACCCUCAGCCUCGGGGGCAGAAGAAGAAGCGGGUGGUGAAGUACGGGAUGGGCGGCCUCAUCGUUCUCUUACUCAUCUGCAUCGUGUGGUUCCCGCUGCUCUUCAUGUCGCUCAUUAAAUCUGUGGCUGGAGUCGUGAACCGGCCGCUCGACAUCUCUCUGACCAUCACGCUCGGAGGCUUCCAGCCCAUCUUCACCAUGAGUGCACAGCAGAAUCAGCUCAGGGAUUUGACUCAGGAAGACUUCAGCUCUUUCGUCAGCUCCUACAGUUACACACCCAGUGCCUUGCAGUUCCUCGAGGCGUACACACGUGACGACGUGACGGUGGCGGAGCUGCAGGGCAGCAGUAACUCGCUGUGGACCAUCAGUCCGCCCAGCAGACAGUACCUGAGCCAGGUGCUCAACCUCGACCACUUCCCCCUCACCCUGUCCUGGACGAUUCAGAGGAACCUGAGUCUGGGGGCAAAGGUGGAGCUUGCAUCAGGUAAACAUGUGACUUACCUGGACAAUGAGACUCGCCUGGAGCUGAUCGAGCUGCUGAACGGGACCAGGACACUUCCUGUGGUGAUACAGGAAGUGUUUCCAUGUUUCAUCCGAGCUCCGAGCGACUCCAAUGCCAAACCAAUCCAACAACUUUACGCAGAUGACCGCUACAAGGACAUCUUGUUGGCUCUGGAGAGGUCGACUAAUCAGAGUAGAGAGGUCCGGGAGUGGUGGAUUGUCGACCAACCGGCUGCCAGCUUAGUGCCAGUUCAGGCCGGGGCUUCCCUGAAGGACAAGAGGGAGGCGGGGCUUCAGCUGUUUGUGUUCAGUGAUAAAGUCAGUCCUCCGAGUCUCGGCUUCUUGGCUGGAUAUGGCAUCAUGGGAUUGUAUGCGUCAGUGGUUCUGGUGAUCGGGAAGUUCGUCAGAGAAUUCUUCAGCGGGAUCAGUCACUCGAUCAUGUUCGAGGAGCUGCCCUGUGUCGACCGCAUCCUCAAACUCUGCACCGACAUCUUCCUGGUGAGAGAGACAGGUGAGCUGGAGUUAGAGGAGGAGCUUUACGCCAAACUGAUCUUCUUGUAUCGAUCACCUGAGACUCUGAUCAAAUGGACACGGCGAUGACAUCAUCAUCAUCUGAAUCAACCUGUGGUUCCUUCAACAUUCUUUAACCGUUACUGAAGGAACCUUCGGGGAUCGUUCACCAGAUGUUCUCCAGAUGUUACUGCAAAGGCCAAAGGAACCAUCAGGCUGGAACUCAAACAUGGACGUCAAUAGAAAUUUGUUGAAAGGUUCAUUUGAGAGAACUCACCUAUUAGCCAGGUGACCAAUAGGAACAGCUGAGAGGCGGAGCUAAGGCUGACGAUGACCUUCUAUUGAAUCUAAACUCAGGACAGUCACACAGCAGGCAGCGUUAUUACAGUAUUAUUUGUUGAUUAUGAAUAACUGCAGGGAAACUUCACAUCCUGGAGAACAUGGAAUCAUUAAAUGUGACUUCUAAGUCACAUUUAAAUGUUAUGGAAAAUAAUAAAACAAAUCGAGAGAAUCCAGAACUUAUAUCAUGGUAUGUCAUACCAUGAUAUACUUAUGUCAUAGUAGGAGCCAUGUUUACAGGAGGGGGUGGAUUAAAAUAUAAUGAUCGAUAUAUAAAAGUAGAGAUUAAUAUUCAAACACAUUAAUAUCUAAAUAUUUCUAUUUUUUAUCAAUACAAAGUGUUGUUUAGAGUGUUGAUAAUCUAUGUGAGGUCGACUCUAGAUCUACGUCAGAUCUACAUAAGUCGUACCAUUGGCUCUGUAUCGUCCUUCAUUAGCAGUAAAUCAUCUCGGUGUCAGUUCAGUGUUUGAUUCCUCGUUGUAUCAUAGGUUCGUGUCAGCUGCUUGUUAAAAACAAACUUAAAUCCAGGACCCAAUUGAAACAAUGAGGGUGUAAGUUGCCCCGCCCUCACAGGUCAGGGAUCUGUCACUGUGAACACGCCCACCAAUCAGAAGGAAGAUGGUGAGAACAGCUGUUCACAUACUCACAACAAAACACUGGAAUCACACACAGUUAAUAUUUAUUCCACAUCGACUCCUAGUGACAGAAAACUGGAAGUGAUUCUGAUCGAUGUAAAAUUAGUAAGUAGUUUUACAGUGAAGGUGUUGACCGAUGAUGUCACUGUCACCUGACCGAUGAUGUCACUGUCACCUGACUGAUAUUUACCUGUAAACUCAGUGUCCUGUGAAAAAAACAGUGAAGAUGUGAAAAUAAAAGAUUGUGUUUA